AAUAGUCUCUUUGUCAAGAUGGCAAAAAAGGACAAGAAGGCACAAGUGACUGCCAGCAGUGACAGGCAGAAGAAGACCAGGAAACAAGAAGCGAUGCGAUCUGCUCCUGCGGCUCAACUGGCAAAGACGAGCAAGAAAGCCAAGACUACGCCAGGGUUUACAGAUAGCAACAAGCGAUGGCUGACACCCAAGGUCACCAAGCAAGAAGCAGAGGAAGUCGAGUCAGACGACCUGGACCCAGAAGACAGUGACAGUGGUCUUAUGGAUGAUGAGUUUGGAGAUGAUGAGCCCGCUGAGGGGCCUGAGGAUGAGGGGGACAGCUCAGAGGCACAGGAGGAGAGCUCUGAGGAAGAGGAGGAUGACGGGGACGUAGCCAGCCUCAAGGAGGAGCUCUGGAGCGACGAAGACGAGUCGGAUCAGAUCUUCAAGAAAGGAUCUGGCAGAGCUGCAGACCAGGAAGCAAGCUCUGGUUCAGAUGACGACGAGGAGGAUGAAGAGGAGAGCAGUGAAGAUGGGGAAGGCCAAGGAAUGAUGGACAGCGAUGAGGAGAGCGAUGAUGAGAUGCUGGACAUCGAGAAGAAGGCGAGAAGAUUGGAUGAGGACAGGGCGAGGAGAGAACGGGAGGCGGAGGCAGAGGGGCGGGAGAUGGGAGCGGGGGACAUUCAGACCAACAUCCAGCAGGAGAUUGAGGCGGGGCCAUCCAUCCUGCCCGGCG